AUGUCGGAGGUAUCAAGGACGGGUGGUGCCGCGAUCUCAGGGGCUAGUGGUGGCGGUCCUUCCUCUGCGGACGCGGUACCUGCCCUUGCGGACCCGUUGGCAGCAGGAGAGGCCAUCGACGAGAUGCUUGCGGCAAACGACCCCACACCGUCACACCACAAAAAGCGCAAAUACCCCGAGUCUGACUUCGCCAAGGAGAGGACCGGAGGCAAGAAAGGGAGCUACCCCAUGAGAUUCAAACUGAAAGCAGUCGCAUUCACGCGAGUCCUUUGCGAGGAUGGUCAACCAGUGGGAAAUUCCGGAGCGGCGAAAGUUCUCGCGGUGGAUCGCAGGCGCAUCAUCACCUGGGUCGGCGAGGAGGCAACAAUGAAGAACCUGGUGAAGGAGAAGCCUAAACUAUCGAAGGCGAAAUCGAUUCACGCUGGUGUGGCACCUCCGACAGCCGAGGUCGAACAAGACCUGGAGGACUACAUCAACGAGCAGCGUAGGGAGCAUCGCGGCUGCGGAAGCAUGGAAGUCAUGAACAAGCUGCUUGAGCUGAAGCCUGACGCUCUCGGCGGGUUGACAGCCGCUGCGUCGGCGGAGGAGACAUUGGCUUUCAGGACCAAGUUCAAGAACUGGUACCAUCGUUUCCGCGAACGGCACGGUUUGAGCAUCCGCCGGCGCACCAGCGUGGGACAAAAGCUACCGACGGGGUACGAGGGUUUGGCGUUCGCGACGUUGAUGAAGCUUCGUACGGCCCUCUUGGAGCGCGCUGGUGAGAUCUACGCUCGGCGCAACCCACCUGCAUCUGGCGAGAGCCCCAUCAAAGGGAAGGACCUCAGUCCCGCGCAGCUAGAGUCGGUUGCCACGGAAGUGUUCGAAGAACUCGGCAACAUGGACCAAACGCCAGUCCAGCAGGAGAUGCCGGUGGAAACAACUCUGGAGAAGGGCGGUGCGAAGGAUGCUCGCAUCAGCACCGGAGGAAAAGAGAAAGAACGUUUCACGCUAUGUCUUGCUGUUAUGGCGGACGGUGGCAAGGUUCCCCUGCGAAUCAUUUUCAAGGGCAAGCCAUUCAUCCCGCCUAGCACGGCGAGGCGGGGAAAGAACACUCAGCCCCGCAAGGGCUCCAUUGCGGCCGAGGUCCUUCCUGCCAACCAAACCAACUUCGGGUACCCUGUGUCCGGCAUGUCUUUCGGCGUGCAGGAGAGAAGCUGGUAUGACGCGUGCGAGUGCACCCUGUGGCUGUCCGAAAGCUGGGGGUUUCGGCCUAACCACGGGAGCGUCAUCAAGCAGCGGCACAGCAUCUUGGUGUUGGACGACUUCAGGACAAACACCACCGUCAUCCUCAUCCCGGGCGGAUUGACUCCUCUUCUUCAGCCGCUGGAUCGCAUGCUGGACAAAGAGAUGAAGCGACUGAUGCGGAGGCGCUACACACAGUACAUGGCGUCGGCGAUCGCAGACCCCAAGACGGGCAAGCUUCAACCGCCGGGGCGUGGGCUCGUGUCGACGUGGUGCAAGGAGUCAUGGGCAGCUAUCACCGCCGAAACGGUCAAGAUGUGCUUCAAGGUGUGCGGCCUCACGCUUGCGCUCGACGGUAGCGAGGACGACGCGUGGUGCACCCACAACUUUGGUGAAGGCUACCGUGAGGUUCUAGUCCAGCAGCGCGCCGAGUGGGGAGCACAACGCCCCGGCGUGACUCUCCCGCCGCUCCAGCUACCCGAGGUGUCAUCUGCAUCUGGCGCCAACCCGAUCGCUACUGCAGAGAAGGAGGUCACCGCGAAGUUGCUACCUCCCGAGGGGGACAGUGACGAUUAA